AUUCCACACAGAAAAGGAAACAAAAAAAAAAAACAAAACGUAGAAGUUUCAACUUUCAGCAACUCUCACCGUCACCGUCAGACAUGGAGGUUUCCGGCACCGUUCUCCGUCAGAUAACCUAUAUCUCCGGCGUUGGAACCAACCCCCGUUCUCAUGGCGUGGUUCCACGGAGAGACGUUGUUAGAGUGAGAAUGUCUUCAAUGGAGUCUGGUUUCCGUGACGAUGGUCACGUUCAGUAUUACCAAGAUACCAAAAACAGAGAACCUGUUAUGACUACUAAGAAGAAAUUGAAAUUGCUCAAACGUUUCACUAAAAACGUUUCAUCUUUUCCUCAAUUAGGGUUUGCUUCAGAUUCAAAUCAACCCAAUCUCUUGGAGCACCUUCAAAACCUCACCACGGGUGGUGGUGAGGAAUUACUGAGAGAGCUAGAGAAAGUAAGAGCAGAGGAGAAGGAAUUGAAGAAAAAAAUGAAACAAGAGAAGAAAAAAGCUAAAUCUAAAGCCUCCAAGAUGAAAACUUGUGAUAAAUCUUCAUCUUCAUCCUCUGAAUCUGAGUCAAGUGAUAGUGAAUGUGGUGAAGUUGUUGACAUGAACACCUUCAGAGGAACUAGUGUUGGUGUUGCCACAAAGCCUGUGGAGGAAUUGGAGUUGCAGCCACCGGCUUCACCGGCGGCUUUACUGCCCCAACAGACCACUAUUGGUGCUGAAGGUUCCACACAACAUCAUCAUGUUAUGGAUGUGUGUUCUACAAAUGAUGCUUCUGUUGUUGGGUUUAAGAAAGAGACUAAUGUGGUUAUCCCUGCAGCUCAAAAGAGGAUUGAGGUAUGCAUGGGUAACAAAUGCAAAAAAUCAGGGGCUGCUGCAUUGUUGGAAGAGUUUGAGAAGGUGGUGGGUGUUGAAGGCGCUGGUUCUGUUGUUGGAUGUAAGUGUAUGGGGAAGUGUAAAAGUGCUCCUAAUGUGAGAAUUCAGAAUUCCGUGGAUCAUAGCAUGGUUCAAGGACUUGAUGAUUCUGUUAAGAUUCCAAGUAAUCCUCUCUGCAUUGGGGUUGGUUUGGAGGAUGUGGAUACUAUUGUGGCUAGAUUUUUAGGGGAGAGUCACGAAGAUUUGGGUAUUGCUGCUGCAACUUCUUGAUGCACAAGGCAGUAGAAAUGGCUAGCUAGUGUGCUGAUUGUAUAUAUAUGUAGCGUGGAGGAAAUAUCGUUAUUAUCACUUUCUUCUUAAGUUGUUGAUAUCAACUUCAUUUUGUAUGAAAAUUAGUUUUAUGUACUAUGGUUUUCUAUUUCCUAUUAUCCAUCUGGUACAACUUGCCCUUGGAUUUAUGACUUUAUGUACAGUAUAUGUGAGAAAUUAAAAUGCCAUUCUUUUAA